UAAUGAGGAAAUAUCCAAGGAUGGGGCCAGUUAGCAGAAGGCGUUAUAUAGCAUACAGUGCGCAGACAUCGUCAUGGGAUAACCCUCGGUCGCAUCGCAUACUUUGACACUAUCAUCCAGUAUGGCACCCAAGGCAGCUUUCCUCGCCGCCACGGCUCUGGCAUGGCCAGCUUUCACCCAAGCAUACACUCUCAAAGACAACUACAUGGCCAACAACUACCAGGACUUCUUCAACAAGUUUACUUUCUGGACCGGUGCGGAUCCGACCAAGGGCCUGGUAGAUUAUGUCGACGAGGCCUCUGCCUGGAACAAUGGCCUCAUCGGCAAUGGAGGCAACAUCUACCUCGGGGUGGAUAAUACCAACAAGGUCGGCGAUGAGGGUCGCAAGAGUGUUCGAUUGACCGGGAAAACGGCCUAUGGCCCUGGCACUCUCAUCGUGGCAGAUAUUGCUUAUAUGCCGCAAGUCUGCGGAACCUGGCCAGCCUUCUGGAUGACAGCUCAAUCGGACGACUGGCCCCAGAGCGGAGAGAUUGACAUCGUUGAGAAUGCGAACAACGCGCAGAACAAUCAAAUGUCUCUGCACGUCAGUGAGAAACAGGGACAAUGCAGCAUCGCCCCCAAUCCCUCGAUGACGGCGACUAAAGAUCGAUGGGGCAAUUGCGCUGAGGAGGUCAAUGGGGGGUGCGAGGCCAACGAUCCUCGCACGAACAGCUUUGGCUCGGGCUUCAACAACAAUGGCGGUGGUGUUUAUGCAAUGGAGUGGACCACGCAGGCGGUGCGUAUCUGGUUCUUCCCCCGUGGCUCUAUCCCGAGUGGUAACAGUGGACCUUUGGGCGCUUCGCCGGACCCAAACACAUGGGGCACGCCCACUACGAACUUCCAGAGCAAGGAUGGCAGUGGCUGUGAUAUGUCCUCCCAUAUCAGGAAUCAGCGCAUCGUCAUCGAUACGACCUUCUGUGGUACUUGGGCCAGCGGGACGUGGUCGAGCUCCGGGUGCGCUUCUAAGACCGGGUAUAGCUCCUGUGAGGAUUAUGUCAAGAAUGUACCAGGAGACUUCAAGUAUGCUUUCUGGACGUUCAAGUCCCUCAAGGCUUACACUUGA